AUGAUACUGGUGGGGGCCUCCGCCGCUGGUGACUACUCCCCGAGCUCCAAUGCCGCCGGAGAAGUUCCGAAACCGCAAUCCAAAGCUCCGUCGUCUGCAUCGUCUUACGACAAGCCAGAGCCAGUUGCUCAAAAGAUGCCUAAAGCAGAGGAAUCGGGAAAGCCAGCGUUGGAAAGCGAUCCGAAAUCAGAGUCCUACGAUGAGCAUGCGUUUCAACAUAGUGGAGAUUUGGAGAAGCCGGAUUUCCAUUUCCCCGACAUGUCCCAUCCGGAAGUCCACUCCGAGUCUUACGAGAAGCCAAUUGUUCCAUCGGUGUCCAAGCCGGAAGAAUUGGGGAUGCCUGAGUUGGGAAAAGAUCUAAAUCCAAAACCUGAAGAAGCUUUUCCUGCCGCAGUUGAAGGGACUGUCAUUUGCAAAUCACCCUCUGGAUAUGUCCCAAUCGAAGGAGCCGUGGUGAGGAUUACGUGUUUGCAAGAGGACGACGAAGGAUAUGUAACGACUCCAGUGUCGUGUCAGACCGGUCCAACCGAUGCCAAGGGCUAUUUCUUCAAGACUCUACCUUCUAGCAACAAGACGCUACCUUCUAACAAAGAUGACAAGAAGAAUUCAUGGGAGAACUGCAAGGCUUUCCUCGAGCAAUCCCCAAUGGAGGAAUGUGGAGUCCCAAGCAAUGUGAACAGAGGAAUCGACGGUUUUCCGCUGUCUUCUCAUCGCAUUCUGCAAGAUAAGCACCUCAAGUUAUAUUCAGUUGGGCCUUUCUUCUAUACUUCGGAGCAUAAACCAACCAUGAACAAAGUCCCCGCCGGUGGCUAUUAA